AUGGAAGCCAACCGCUUUCUUGGUCCGACAUGUGUGCUUAAAAUAAAUGUUAAGUGUUGCAAGGCAUGUCCUGUGAAACUAAGGAAGAAGUUGCAAAAGAGCCCUGGAGUGAAUUCCAUACUUGUAGAUAAAGAAAAAGACUUGGUUAUAGUUUCUGGCAACAUAGACCCAACAAAGCUCGUAGAUGCAAUCAAAAGGAUUGGGAAAAAAAAUGCAGAGGUUCUGUUCUAUGAAAAGGAUCCUUCUCUCGUCCCACAAAAGCUAAACCACCUGUUCAACAAGAUAAGUGGCACCCAUUGCGAAGAUUCUGAUACUCAUGUGGUUGAUGAUGCUGAAGAUAACGAAGAGAACAAUGAUAUUCAUGACAAAAGUUGUGAAUUUUCCAAUAACAAUACAAUUCAUAAAUUGAAGCGUACUGGUCGUGGGUCUCACAGACAUGACAAUCACCACCAUUACAACGUGCAUGGAAAAGGAUCAGAGAAUAUUAAUAUAAGAGGUAGGGUCUUUGCUAAUCCUUCUGCUGCUGCUGCAACCCGAGGCUACGAGCAUGUUCCAGCAGGAUUGCCGCCAGCUAGACCGCCGUAUGUAUAUCAAGGCUAUGAUUGGUAUCCGACAAUGAUGUACUCCGGGCCGCCACGGCCGCCGCCGCCCCCACUACUGCCUGCUUAUCACGAUCGUUAUAGGCAAAUUAAUCUGCCACCACCACCAGGGGCAGCAUUGAUCAUGCAGCCUGCCUAUACUCCUUACUACAAACGGCGGGAUCCACCAAAUUCCAACUCGAUCUUCCACUACUUUAGCGAUGAUAACAGUGAGGCCUGCACUAUAAUUUGA